UACAUUUUUACACAUUGGUUAUUGUUCUUGCUGAGCUAGCUAAUGAGGCUACCUGAUACUAAAAAAAUCUGGUAAUUGUUUAUACACGCACAUAGGACCUUUUGCUUCUCCGAACCUCAUUUGACAAUUUGCUACAUCAACAAUGAGCAAGAGGAAAGCGCCACAGGAGUCCUUAAAUGAGGGAAUUACAGAUUUUCUCGUUGAGUUGGCAAAUUACGAGAAAAACGUCAAUCGUGCAAUACACAAAUACAAUGCCUACAGAAAAGCAGCAUCUACCAUUGCCAAGUACCCUCAUAAGAUCAAAAGUGGUGAAGAGGCCAAAAAACUGGAUGGAGUUGGAGCUAAAAUUGCAGAAAAAAUUGAUGAAUUCUUACAAACUGGAAAGCUACGGAAGCUAGAAAAGAUUCGUAGCGACGACACCAGCUCUUCCAUCAACUUCCUCACCAGGGUUACUGGAAUUGGACCUGCUGCUGCCAGAAAGUUAUUUGACGAAGGGGUGAAGACGCUGGAAGAUUUGAAAAAGAUUGAGCACAAGCUAAACCACCAUCAACAGAUUGGACUGAAGUACUUUGAGGAAUUUGAGAAAAGGAUUCCACGAGCAGAAAUGGAAAAUAUGGAGACUCUGAUUCUUGGAGAAUUGAAGAAAGUCGACACAGAAUAUAUUGGAACAAUCUGUGGAAGCUACAGGAGAGGUGCUGCAUCCAGUGGUGAUAUUGAUAUUUUGCUGACGCACCCAAACUUCACUUCUCAGACUGAGAAGCAACCCAAGCUCCUCCAUAAAGUGGUCGACCAUUUGGAGUCCAUUGGUUUUGUGACAGACACCCUGUCCAAAGGAGAUACUAAGUUCAUGGGUGUCUGCCAGCUGAAGCAGAACGAUGAAGAUGAAGACUACCACCUCCACAGACGAAUUGAUAUUCGGCUAAUUCCUAAGGACCAGUACUACUGUGGUGUUCUGUAUUUCACUGGAAGCGAUAUCUUCAACAAAAACAUGAGAACCCAUGCUUUGGAGAAGGGCUUCACUCUGAAUGAGUACACCUUAAGACCACUUGGGGUCACUGGUGUGGCUGGGGAGCCUCUGCUGGUGGACAGUGAGAGAGACAUCUUUGACUACAUCCAGUAUAAAUACAAAGAACCGAAGGACCGCAGCGAGUGACGCCACAGACAGCUUUCAGUUACAUGCAUAUUUAUACCAUCAGCUUUGAUGCAAAAAAUUUGAAGUAUGUCUACAAAUGUGUCUGUCUCCAUUACUUUAACUUUAUUGUGCUGUUUUGUUUGUGGAAAAAAAUGUGUGAAAGUCAUCUUAAUUUGUAUUAGUUGAUGGUUUUCUUCUCCCUGCUUUUAAAACAUUUGCCCUCAAUGAUGAUUUCAGUGUAUUGAUGAAGCUACAACAAAAUUUUAAUUGUUUUUUAGACUGGGGUCAAUUCUCUGAACAUAGGCCUUUGCAAAUGCUAUUAGGUGAGCAGUUUUUAAAAGAUUUUAAAUUCAUGUUCAGCAUUUUAUGUUUGCCAGACUUGUAUAUUUGCUUCAUUUAUAUACCAAAAGAUGCAAAGCAGUCUGUGACCUACUUUCUGUCAGUUACUGCCAAGGGUUGUACUGUUGCUUUGUAUAUUUAUUGUGACAGUUGUGCCUGUAGACACAGAACACAGUGCUGCAUUAAAGGGGUCAUAUUACACAUAUUUUCAACAAGAUGGGUCAUGGGGUGUCUCAAACAAGGGUAGUACUUCCACUAACCGGUGACCUUGUAUACCAAGUUUCACCUUGAUAUACGAUGUCUUUGUAAAGAUAUCAUGUACACAUCGGCCACACAGACAUGUACAGGUGGAAUCAAGCAGUUUCUAAACUUGCUCUGCUUUCAGGUAUCUAGGUAUUUAAAAAAUGCCAAAUUAA